AUGGAAGAGGAAAGAACCAUGGAAAAUGGACCUUCUCAAGCGCCAGGGUAUCCAGAAGCCCUGCAUUACAGGUUUAUACCGCCCAGUCUGGAAGGUCUUGAAUUCGUGCCCAACUUCGGAGAUAUUGUUUUUCGUGUGAAGGGGCAAUUCCUAGCCUGGGGAGGAACUGCGGUCCUAGAACGUUUGCCCUCAGGGAAUGUGGUCAAGACGCCGCUGCCGAACCCAUACUUUCAACGCGAACAUGAGCGUCAUAGAAAGAGUAUGUGCAUCGAGGCCAUUAUCUAUGAGAUUCUGAAAGACCAUCCGCGCGUACCAAAAUAUUUGGAUUGGGACCCAACCACCUGUUGCUUGACGAUGGAGUAUGUCGAGAAUGGGAGCCUUGCGGAUUUCCUAGAGAGGAAUCACCAAUCGAUAGCCGAUAGUAUGAGGAGGAAAUGGGCAAGACAGGCAGCCGAAGGUGUUCAAUUGCUUCACCAUCAUAACAUCAUCCAUUCCGAUCUAUCGCCUCACAACUUUCUCGUCGACUCGAACCUGGACUUGAAGGUCUCGGAUUUCGCUGGCGCCUCUGUUUUCGGUGCACCUGGCUCUGCUCUUCCCGGUACCCGCUAUCGUGAUCCACAUGUUGAGGGGUAUGUUCUCAGGUCCUCAGAUGACAUCUUCAGCCUGGGAUCAGUCAUUUAUUUCAUAAUGACUGGCAAGCACCCUUACCAGGACCUGCCCAGCGAUAAUGUCAAGUAUUUGUUCCAGUGCUCCCAAUUCCCUGAGGUCGGUCACCUCUCAUGUGGCAGUAUUAUAAGACGGUGCUGGUUGUUGGAAGUGGAUGCCACUGAAGUGUACGAAUACUUCAGCAGGCAUGGAUGAUUGGACAGACUUUGUAUUUACUAAUUCCCAGCCAAACAUAUGAGGUUCAUAUUUUGUCCAUUCUCACUGGCCAUCCGCACUGCAUGUCAUGGCAGUGUUCGUAGG